CUUACUGCAGACUUUUUAUCUCAUUCUCUCUCCUCUCUCCAAUCUCCAUUUCUCCUAACAAAAUCUUCUUGACCUCCUCCUUCCUUGCUUCGCUCUGCUACCCAAUCUGCUCCCUUUAUCGAAUUCCCAAAUCCAAUCUCAUAGUUAAUUAAACUCGGCUCUGGGUGCCUGAGACCCGGCAGGGCGGUGCCGUCCACGAUGGGAUCGAAGGCGGUAUGGCUCCCCGUGGCCCUGCUCCUGGCGGCAGUGGCCCUCUCGUCCGUCCUGACGCCGCCGGCCGCCGCGGCCGCUACGGAGUCCGGCGAGGCCGACCACGCCGUUCAGCAGCACAGCGAGCGCAUCUCAGGAAGUGCUGGUGAUGUGCUAGAAGACAAUCCUGUGGGAAAGUUAAAGGUUUUCAUAUAUGACUUGCCAAGAAAGUAUAACAAGAAGAUGGUCACCAAGGAUCCCCGGUGCCUCAAUCACAUGUUUGCUGCGGAAAUUUUCAUGCAUCGUUUCUUGCUCUCAAGUGCUGUGCGGACACUCAAACCCAAAGAGGCUGAUUGGUUCUACAUACCAGUUUAUACUACAUGUGACCUAACUCCUGCUGGUCUUCCCUUGCCAUUCAAGUCACCACGGGUGAUGAGGAGUUCGAUCCAGUAUAUUUCGAAUAAGUGGCCCUUUUGGAACCGAACUGAUGGCGCAGAUCACUUCUUUGUUGUCCCACAUGAUUUUGGAGCUUGUUUCCAUUAUCAGGAAGAAAAAGCUAUUGAACGUGGCAUUCUCCCAUUGCUGCGACGUGCUACAUUGGUGCAAACUUUUGGACAGGAGAAUCAUGUUUGCCUGAAGGAGGGGUCUAUCAUCAUUCCACCCUUUGCUCCUCCUCAGAAAAUGCAGGCUCACCUUAUUCCCCGGGACACACCACGGUCAAUCUUCGUUUACUUUAGGGGUCUGUUCUAUGACACCGGAAAUGACCCUGAGGGUGGUUACUAUGCAAGAGGUGCGCGGGCUUCCCUGUGGGAGAACUUCAAGAACAAUCCUCUGUUUGACAUUUCCACCGACCACCCUGCCACUUACUAUGAAGACAUGCAGCGUGCGGUCUUCUGCCUGUGCCCGUUGGGCUGGGCACCAUGGAGCCCUAGGUUGGUUGAGGCUGUGGUCUUUGGCUGCAUUCCAGUCAUCAUAGCUGACGAUAUUGUGCUGCCAUUUGCUGAUGCUAUCCCAUGGGAAGAAAUUGGUGUCUUUGUGGAGGAGAAGGAUGUCCCAAAGUUGGACACAAUCCUGACAUCAAUGCCCAUCGAGGAUAUUCUAAGAAAGCAAAGAUUGCUCGCAAAUCCAUCAAUGAAGCAGGCCAUGUUGUUCCCACAGCCAGCCCAACCACGAGAUGCAUUCCACCAGAUCUUGAAUGGCCUUGCUCGUAAGCUCCCACACCCUGAGGGUGUAUACUUGCCACCCAGCGAGAAGCAUCUCAACUGGACUGCUGGACCUGUUGGAGAUCUGAAACCAUGGUAGGGAAGAGUCAAGAGCUUCCCAUCCUCUUUGCCACAUAAGCCCCAUAGAAAUAGUUCAUACUUCCUCUUAUGUGAUGUAAUAGAAACACAGUGCCACGGGUGUAAAUUACACCCAAGGCGUUAUCUAACAUGAGCGAUUUCUGAAGUUGGUAAUUUAGAAAGAAAUGAAAUGGCAUUGUUCUUAUCA